AUGAGAUGAAAGCUUCUUCAGAGCUAUAAUAGAGCUGAGCGUCACAGAAGGGCUCUCCGUUAUCCGAGUGGAGCUGCAUCUCACAUCAUCUCCAUGCGCAAAAGCGCGCACAACAAUGGAGAGGAACAGGACAUCAGACUAAAUCCACAGACAUGCACACGAUUUACAGCACUUUCUAACGCGUAUUGCAUCAGAGUUUAAGUGCGGAAACCACAAGGAAUUGCUUUUAUUAGUUUGCACGUGUGAGGUAAAGUUGCACGUGAUGGAUAAUCUACAUGCUUUAAUAUUCGCGCUCUCCAUAAGCGCAUCAUGGGGAUGCCAGCUUCCACACGACUGGAGACCUCAGACCGAAGCGUGCCGCGCAGAGCUGGCGGAGAUCAUCGUCUUUGCCAAGGUGCUCGCCAUCCAUAAGGAUACGUACAGCCUGUAUAACUAUCUGCCGUGGCAGCACGACACGGAUCUGCUGUUCUCGGCGGAGAUCGAGCUGCUUUGUGAUCAGGCGUGGGGCAGCAUGCUGGAGGUGCCAGCCGGAUCCAGGUUCAAUGUCAGCGGAUUGGGAUAUUUCCCCUGCUAUUCCUACAGCGUCAUGGAGAAUAACUCCUACUACUUCUUUCUGAGGAUGGAUGAGAACUACAGCAUCAUUCCCCAUGGUGUUAAUUUCCAGGAUCCCAUUUUUUCGGACACACCAGAGAACCACCGCAUGUUUGCCAGCUUGUUCCAGUUUUCCAACUGCACACCUGGCACACAGGUUCACACAUAUACCCCAGACUGGGAAAUUCAAGAGGACAACCGGCUGUGGUGCUCCAACGUGCAGAAGGCCUUAUUUGAAGAAGAAGAGAAAGUCAAAAAUCUAUCUCAGAAAGUGAAGACCCUGGAGAAGGCCAACAACCACCUGAAGGACAAGGUAAAGAAUAUGAAGCGUCUCUUGAGGCAGGCCAAACGAGAGACAAAAGAGUCGGUUCAAAGCUUCAAACAGCUUCACGAAUCCGAGCCAGAGUCACGACAUCCACAGCAGGACACCGAUCAGGACCAGAAACCCACUCUUAAGAAGAUCCUUCCUAAAAAACUCAAGAACUGAGAUCUGAUCCCUCCUCGAGGAACACCAGUUGUUUUUAUGGUCUUUCGUGGAUCUAGAAUAACAUUGAUAGACCAUGGGAAUCUGUAAAUGCAUGGUAUCUUUUACAGUAAGGGGUUCACAUGUAUAACGAAUCUUAUAUACUGUGGAUUGUCCUCCAUACUUCAUAUUGCACACUAUAUUAUAUCAUCAAAAGAACAAAAAUAAUGUUUUGAUAAGCAUCCAAGUGUCAUGGUCCCUAAUGAAAAUGUGAAUAUACUGAUAUGCAUUACAGCUUUCAACUACAACCUCCAUGUAAGGCCAAUACAAUCCCACGAAAUUUGGUAAUGUUUUAUGAAAACAAACUCAAGCUUUAUGUUUAGUAGCUGAUGUCACUGUUGAUCAUGGAGAGUUAUGAAUACAGAUGAGUGUUUUAUGAAUUUCUUUGACCAGGUGUUUAUACAAGGAACUAUCUUGGAACAGUCCAGUGAUAUUAGUUUCCAGUCUACAAAAACCUUGUCCAAUUUCCCAUUACUGCAAAAAAAAAUUCAGCAAGAAACAUCCAUCUGUCAGUAGAAGAAAGACCAAAAAAUUUGGUUUUAGGGUAUUAUGAAGAAGUGGUUUCAUUUGACCAUUUAUGGCUAAAAAUACAAUCUAGAGAGUCGAUCCAUCAGGAUUCCGCAAGUUUAGGAUCAGCUUUUGUUUUCCAUUUGAUACUUAUUCUCCAUUUAACAAUUCCAAGUUUUGUAUGAGUGUUUUUAUACUUGUGAAUAUGAGUUUUUAAUUACGGAUAAGGUGCUGAGCACCUAAUAUAUACGUAACCUUUACUCAGUGAAGCUUAUCUUGCCGUAAAAACAUUAAUCGUUUACAGAACUGUUUUUACUGACAUGAUUUAAUAUUUUAUAGGUGCUUAUGCUAAUGUUGUAAAAUGGUACAUAUUACCAUUUCAUGUUUAACACAUUUAUGCCAAUAAGUACUAAAAUAAACACA